AUGAGUGAUUCAAGUGACAACGAAGAAAUCCCGCCUCAUCUCGCCCGUUACCGAGAAUACAAGCGGAAACAAGAACUACGGAAACAAAAGAAAGUAGCUCAAUCCAAACCAACUCCCCCAGAAAACAACCAACCCAUCCCAUCAGAUCCCACCUUUACCACCAUGACCACCCCAUCCGACCUCGACAGAUUCAUUAACCACCCUCUCACCAUCCCCCUCCUGAAGCUCACCCUCUGGGUCUCCCUCCUCCUCUUCUUCGCUCACCACGAGUUUGGGAGUGUUUUCUUCCUGGUGUCGAUACCAGUGUUCGUGUGGCAGAGCAUGGAGGAGUAUAAGAGGGGCCCGAGGGAGCUCAGUGCUUACUCUGUGUUUAAUAGUAAUAUGGAGAGGUUAGAUGGGACUUUUACAUCGGAACAGUGGGAGAAGGAACUGAGAUAUGGGGCUGCUGCUGUCAGGAAACAGGAUUGA